GAGAGAGAGUGUGAGAGAGAGAGUGAGAGAGAGAGAGAGAUUCCAUGCUUUGGCUCUCCCAGCCCAGAGAUGUUCUCACUGAGUGAUCUCCAGCUGUAAGACUAGCUGCAGCAGUGGGCUGGGGGGCACACGCACACCACAGACGUGUCGUCAUUGCCACAGUCCUGGCAGCUGGUGGUGUGAUGAUGUGAGAGGAUAAAGGGAGAAGAGAAGACGGGAAGAAGGGAAGCUGUUGCCUUCUUGGAGCUGAAACAUGACGUCCUUCCCUUGCACCUGUCCACUCAUUCGGCUCACAACGUGAACCGUUUCCGCCUGCUGGAGGAGAAGAACAGAGCCCUAAAGCUAGAGGUGGCCGCUUUGAAGCAGCAGAAGCAGCACUACAGAUCUCUGGAAACAGAGGUGAGUGAGAGGAGAAAGAGGUGUCAGCUCCUCGAGAGGGAGGUGAAGAACAAGAUCUUGACAUGUCAGACUUUGAAGACUGAGCUUCAGGAUGCCUUACAGGAGAGGAGCCGCCUCAACCUUGAGUUGUUCAGCAAUAGCCUGAAGGCAGCGCAGUAUGAGCAGGUGAAGUCAGAUUAUGAGCAGCUCAGAGAGACGUUUGGUUGUGUAAGCCAGGAAAGAGACUUGGCGAGGCAGGAGAAGGCUGAGCUCCAGGAAAAACUGGAAAACCUCGAGCAGGUCCUGAAGCAUAUGCGAGAGGCUGCAGAGCAGAAGCAGCAGCUGGAGGCAGAGCAUGAACAGGCCCUGGCUGUCCUCAACUCCAAACAGCAGGAGAUCCAGCUUCUGCAAAAGGCUCAGGUUGAAGUUGAUAAAGGGCAUGAAGGAACGGUCCACUUGCUAGAGAACCAUAUGGACAGAAUGCAGGUCAAAGUUCAAGACUUGGAACAGAAAUGGCGGUCUCAGAGUGCUAAGUGUAAUAUUUUGUCUAAAGAGCUGGAGAAAUUUCACCUGGAGUCAGACACUGAAUUUCCAGCUUCUGAUCCUCAGCAUUCGCCGCACAAAGCACUCCGUAACUUUCUGAACGACCUGCAUAGUCACACUGGGAAAGGUGAUGAGAGAUCUGCAGGCUCUCCGCUAAUCUCUGAGCUCCUCCAGCCACUGCAGGUCAGCAGAGACAGGCCCGAGCUGCCGGUCACCAAACCCGCCGUCCACGCCCUGAGCCUCUCCAGGAGACCCCUGCCCACAAGCCCCUCAGAGAUGGAUGAUGAGGUGAAUCCCGCUCCCAGGUCCAAGGCUCGAUACACAGGACAGGUCCGUCUGUGCACUGCCCGCUACAGUUAUAAUCCCUAUGAUGGACCCAAUGAGCAUCCAGAAGCUGAGCUCCCUCUUGUUGCUGGGAAGUAUCUCUAUGUGUAUGGAGACAUGGAUGAUGAUGGAUUCUAUGAAGGAGAGCUGCUGGAUGGCCAGCGAGGCCUGGUCCCCUCCAAUUUUGUUGAAUUUGUCCAGGACAAAGAGAAGCCGUCUGUGGAUGGGGCAGAGGAGCUGGGCCAGCUGGAGCAUGGCUGUCUGAGCCUGACCGCCAUAGAUGGAGGCGUUUCCCUGGACAGCUUAAGCACGGACCCCCUUGGCCCCUGCAGUAACGGAACUGGGGCUCUGGAUGCUGAGGAGCUGAGCGACGACAUUGUGCCUUACCCAAGGAAGAUCAACUUAAUCAAACAGCUGGCCAGGAGCGUCAUAGUGGCCUGGGAUCCGCCUCUGGUCCCCCUGGGCUGGGGGAACAUUAACGGGUACAACGUCCUAGUUGAUGGUGAGGUUCGUUCCACUGUGCCCUUUACGGCCAGGACCAAACUACUUCUGGAGAAGCUGGACCUUGCUGCCUGCACCUACCGUGUGUCAGUGCAGAGCGUGACGGACCGAGGACUAUCAGAUGAGUUGCGCUGCACUAUGCUGGUGGGCAGAAACGUUACAGUGGCCCCAACAGGCCUCCGCCUGGACGAUAUCAUGCGCGACUCUGCGGAGCUCUCCUGGCUCCCCAGCAACAGCAACUAUUCCCACACAGUGUUCUUAGAUGGAGUGGAACAUGCAGUGGUCAAACCGUGCUGUUAUAGACUACGCUUUACCAACCUAAAGGCCACCACAGUCUACAAGGUUAGAGUGGUGGCCAAACCUCAUCAAGUACCCUGGCACAUGCCUCUGGAGCAACGCGAGAAGAAAGAGGCUGGGGUGGAGUUCUGUACCCAGGCUGCAGGGCCCCCUCUUCCACCCCAUGAGGUACAAGUCCAGUGUGGUCAGGCCCCAGGGAUUCUCCAGGUCCGCUGGAAGCCCCCUCCAUUAACACCCAUAGGGACUUCCAAUGGUGCUAACGUCAUUGGCUACGCAGUAUGCACCAAGGGCCAGAGGAUCGCUGAGGUGUUGUACCCACUGGCAGAUUUUGCAACAGUGGAACUGAACCGGCUCCAGUGUUUGGAGGCUCGUGAGGUGGUGGUCAGGACUUUAUCAGCACAAGGGGAAUCGCAGGACUCCCAUGUCGCCGUCAUUCCUAACAACCUGCUUGUGCCUCUUCCCCAAGCCCUUCCUCCACCUCACCACAUCCAGUCGCCUCUUCCACACCAGCCGCCCCAGCCCCUGCCCCCACGCCCAGCACUUCCACCCUCUAUUCAGCCUCUUCCCCCUCUCACCGGCCCACCUCAACCUCAUGCCCAUCUCCAACCUCUCCCUGUUCACCCAAACCAGCCAUCCUCUCAUCUACAGCCUCAUCCUAUGCCCCAUCCCACUCAGCCAUCUCCUCCACACCUCCAGCCUCUACCCCCUCACCCGUUUCCCCAGCCUCAGCCCACCAUUCCAAUCCCCCAGCCCACCAUUCCAAUGCCCCAACCCCAUAUCCCCCAGCUACCCCUUCCUCAGCCCCAGAGACCACUAAGUGCCAGAGAGCUGGAAACCAAAGAGCAGGGGCCAGGCAUGCUUCAUCCUGCUGGGGGUCCACCCCAGCCAUGGGAGCCCGUCUGUUCUCCGUCCGGCUUGCCCCCGGCCCUGCCGCAUGGACACACACUAGAGGCCCCGCCCUGCCCCAACCGCCGCUCACCUUCUCCUCAGAGGAUCCUCCCGCAGCCCAGAGGCACUCUCAUCCCUGACAACAUGGCAAAGGCCAUCGCCCGGGAGGCUGCCCAACGAGUGGCUGCAGAAAGUGGACGGAUGGAGAGGAGAAGUCAGGGCUUUCACUCUCAGAACUCAGAUGAGGAGGAGGAUGAGGAAAGCUAUCAGUCCCGCAGAAGAGGAGCAUCUGUGGAUGACUUCCUCAGGGGCUCAGAGCUGGGCAGGCAGUCCCACUACAGCCACAGUGAAGAGUACCAGACAGAAAGCAGUCGCGGUUCAGACCUGUCUGACAUCAUGGAGGAAGAUGAGGAGGAGCUGUACUCAGAGAUGCAGCUGGAGGAAGGGCGACGGCGCAACUCGCACAAUGCUCUUAAGGUUGGAGGGAACACAUCAUCUUCUGGACGGCCGGAUCGCGACUCAGGCCGGAGGCCAGCUCACGGAGUUCCUCAGCCCCAGAGAAGACCCCUCAUGGUGCCCUCUAUUGAGAUAACCACUGAGAGUAACAGUGAGGGGAACCUCUCUCCGGUCAUGGAGGAUGUUUACUAUGGCAGUGUAGCGCGGCACAGGACAUGGUCCUCACGGAGGCACAGGGGCCACAGGCCUCCCUAUGAUGGUUAUAGGGAUCGUGGCCGGCGUUCUCCUCCAUACUACGAUGAAUCCGAGCCUGAGGACCCAUUCCGAAUCUUCGUAGCGUUGUUUGACUAUGACCCCCUCUCCAUGUCCCCAAAUCCGGACGCAGCUGACGAGGAGCUUCCUUUUAAAGAAGGACAGAUUAUCAAGGUGUACGGGGACAAGGACACUGAUGGGUUUUAUCGGGGGGAGAUCCGCGGCCGGUCCGGCCUCAUUCCAUGUAACAUGGUGUCAGAGAUUCGAGCGGAGGAUGAGGAGACUAUGGAGCAGCUGAUGAAGCAGGGCUUUCUCCCACUAAACACUCCUGUGGACAGAAUAGAACAGAACAGAAAAGGCGGCCGCCACCCUGUGGCUAGUAGAAGAAUGGUUGCCCUUUAUGACUAUGACCCCAGAGAGAGCUCCCCAAAUGUGGAUGUAGAGGCAGAGCUGACAUUCUGUGCUGGAGACAUCAUUGCUGUAUAUGGGGAAAUCGAUGAGGAUGGAUUUUACUGUGGAGAGCUUAAUGGACACCGGGGCUUGGUUCCCUCUAAUUUCCUAGAAGAAGUGCCUGAUGACGUGGAGGUCUAUCUGACAGACACUCCAACACGCUACGAGCCGGAAGAUCCAGCGCCGGCACCGCGCCCCGAGGCCAAACGGGUGCCUGUGGAAAACACAGUUCCUGCCCCGGCCCCCGGAAGACCAGCGUCCCCCACUGUGCGUCCCCUGCUCCCUGUGGGGCCCAUCAGGCCCCUGAGCCCUGCCAGGGGCCCCCGAGACCUGGCCUCCAAAAAGAAAAAAGGACUGCUCUCCAAAGGGAAGAAACUGCUCAAAAAGUUCUCGAAGUAAAGGUCCCCCCUGAUCACACGAUGCUACCAAGCUAGGGUAAAGGCCAGCACAUGCUUCUCCAAGUUAUGUGAAGCCACCGCAUACUUUCAAACUGCCGCUAAUGCAACGUCAGUGGAGAGUUCAACACGCUUGGAGGAGAACACUAACUGCCAAUGCUGUUACAUUAGCUACCAGACACCAUGUUGACUCACAUUGCGCUAAGUGAAGUGGGAGAGGCCCACUCACCCAGAGAGAGCGAGACCAAUAAUGCUGGCAUCCAUGGAUGGCUGUGGCAUCUCUGGUGUUUUUAGAUUAUUUCGAUUAUUUUGUUGCUUAUUUGAAUUAUUUUCAUGUGAAUUUACAGUACCCUACUGCAGUGGCAGAAAAUGUAAUUUGUUGAAACAAGCAAAGUUAAAGAUCAUUUCAUUUGAUAUUACUUUACCUGUCCACAUUCAGGAUGCUUUCACUAGCAAAGACUGCAUUUUGUACAGUGUGUAUGCUAGCAGAGUCCCACUCAUGAUAGUGUUGAUCAAACAUGCCAUUUCACUCAAGAUACAGUAUCUCCUGCAGGACACCAUUAAAGGAUGAAUCUCCUGGUGCAUUACAGCGUUCUGUUCUAGACAUGUUCUCUUUGCAAAUGGAAAUGCAAGAUUGCCAAACCAGCGUCUGACUUCACCUUCCUGCAGCUCACGCUGGUUUAGAUUGCACUCCUGCUUGGUUUUAUCCAGGGUAUAUAUUAUAUGUGUGAAGCUUGUAUUUGUGUCAAAUCAAGUAGAUGUUCUAAAUCUAAUCAGUUCAAGUGUUUUGACUGAAAUAAAUCUUUUUUUUAUGGAAAGAGUAGAUUUUUUUUAUUUGAUGUUGGAAAAAAGAGAUAGCUAUAAAAAAAGACACAAAGUUUGACUGCCAAAAAGGAAUGUACAAAACAUUGAGCUGUCUGUACAGCGUACAUCAUCAUUUUGCCAAAAAAGAGAAGAAAAAUCAAGCAUAUUUUUAUUUUAAUCACAGAAUUAACUAUAAAUAUAUAACAAUAAUUAUAACUACAACUAUAAUUAUAAAUAUAA